AUGGUGGUUAGUAAAGAUAGAGUGAUAAGCAUGGACGGUGGUAAAGUCCCGCCUGUGAUUCCUGCCAACGGUGUACGUGGUAGGGAUGGUGGUAUACUGCCCGAUAAGCGGGUUGCAGCAAUCAAAAGACUCGACGAAGCUAACCAAGGAGAAGCCGAAUUCCUAGCAGAAGUAAAUACCAUUGGGAGGCUUAUCCACAUGAACUUGAUAGACAUCUGGGGAUACUGCGCAGAGGGAAAGCAUAGGCUUCUGGUGUACGAGUACAUGGAGCAUGGAUCCUUAGCAGAAAAGCUUACUUCUAACGAAUUUGAUUGGAAAAAGAGGUUUGAUAUUGCAGUGGGCACAGCGAAGGGCCUAGCUUAUUUGCAUGAAGAGUGCCUAGAAUGGGUUUUACAUUGUGAUGUAAAGCCUCAUAACAUAUUCUUGGACUCCAACUAUCAACCAAAGGUAGCAGAUUUUGGUCUGUCCAAACUACUGAAUACAGGUGGCCAUGAUCAUUCAAGCUUCUCAAAGAUGAGAGGAACUAGAGGUUAUAUGGCUCCUGAAUGGGUUUAUAAUCUUCCUAUCACCUCUAAAGUUGAUGUCUAUAGCUAUGGGAUUGUGGUGCUGGAAAUGGUUACUGGAAAGAGCCCCACAGGUACGCAGCAUAGCUCUAGUGGCGGAGGGGCGAAAGAGCAAACUAGAUUGGACACGGAGGUGAGGGAGAAGAUCAUGCAUGCUGAUGGUGAAGCUUCAAGGGUGGCUUUGCAAUGCGUUGCAGAAGACAAGGAUGAUAGGCCCACCAUGACCCAGGUUGUAGAGAUGCUUCGCUGCAACGAGAUCAACGGAUAUACUAAGUUAAUUGAGCUUUUUUUAUUUUUAUGCAGAUUGAUCAUUUGA